AGCCAACACUUGGAUUGGCCCAACAUAACAGCGCUGAAGUCACUCGUUCUUCUUGUGAGAGACGAAGAUGAUACCGUUGCCAUUAAUUCUCCUCCUGCUUAGCAGCCAGAUCUUUUCAGCAGAGAAGGUCUCCCUCAGUUAUUUCCUGAUCGCCACCUCUGGAGCGCCCCACCUGCCCGAGUUUGUGGGCGUGGUCAUGAUGGAUGACAUGCCGGUGGGCUACUAUGACAGCAACAUCAGGAAAGCAGAGGCCAAGCAGGACUGGGUCAAGUCGUACUUGGAGGAGGAGCCGCUGCACCUGAAGUGGUACGCCGCGCAGUGCCUGCACCACCAGCAAGACUUCAACGCCGACAUUUUCAACCUGAAGAGCCUUUUUAACCAGUCGGGAGGGGUCCACAUUCUGCAACGGGUGAGCGGCUGCGAGGUGGACUACGACACCGGAAAGGUUACCGGGUUUAACCGGUACGGUUACAACGGUGAGGACUUCAUAUGGUUGGACCUGGAGACGGAGAGUUGGGUGGCCGAGAGAAAGGAGGCUCACACCAGCAAGGAGAAAUGGGAUGAUGAGAAGGUUACAAUAACGUUCAUGAAGCACUUCUACUUGAACGACUGUCCUCGGUUACUGGAGAAAUACAUGCGCCACGGGGGGGACUUCCUGCAACGAAAAGUGCUCCCAAUGGUGUCGCUCCUCCAGAAGACGCCGUCGUCGCCGGUCACCUGCUACGCCACAGGGUUUUACCCUGAGAGAGCCGAGAUGUUCUGGAGGAGAGCCGGCAAGGAGGUCCAGCAAAAGCUCGUGGAAUCCUGGGAGACACUCCCCAACCACGACGGAACCUUCCAGAAGAGCGUGACCCUGAACGUCUCAUCCAUCCCGGACGGCGAGUGGGAGGAGUACGAGUGCGUUUUUAAACUCGAUGGCGCCGACGACGCGAUGGUCACGAAGCUGGACAAAGCCGUGAUCAUGACCAACUAUCCAGGUCCGCCCUGGAGCUUCUCUGCUGCUGUGGCCGGAAUCGUCGUUGCGCUGAUUAUCCUCGUAGUCGUCCCCAUCAUUCUGUGCAGAAUUCGGCGUAGACAACAUAACAGGAAUAACUGACUCUGCUCCAGGAUCAGCCCUGCGCACUUGAUGAAUGUAUCGAGCCAAGUUGUGGAUAAUUUUGUUUUGUUUUUUGCCAAAGUGUCAUGAAUGCUGUUCUUACAAACAACGUAAGGUGCAAA